AUGAUCUUCUACAACGUAAAUGUUGUGGGAUCAGUCUGGCACUUGAUCUACACCUUCUCUAAGGAGACUGUGAAUUAUUUGGAGAUCGCCGACGAUUUGUCCAUCAUCAUCGCAAUAUUAAGCGUAAUGUGCGUGUUGAGCUCGUACGUAGUGAAAUUUGAAGAUAUGAAAGAGCUUCGUUUAGAAAUGGGAAAUUUCACUGUUUACGAUAAACCCAAAGAUGUCGAACAACUAAACGCCAAGCUGGACUUCUUUUCAAAGUUGUUCAUGAUAUGGUUGUUCGGAUCUUGCCUUUAUCUUUGGAUAUUGCUGACAUUUGAAAAUUGCGAAGACGGCUCCAUAGAUAUUUGCGGAUUUCUCGUCGGAGUUUAUUUACCUUUAGACAUCUUCAGCUCUCCGUACAGGGAAUUAUACUUGGCCUUUCAAUGUUACACAUGUUACGGAUGCACACUUACGGCCUUCUACGUUUCUUAUUCUUUAUUGGGAAUGUGCUCGUUCAUGAAGAAUAGAGUCGACUAUUUGAUUGUCAUGUUGAAGACGAUCGCUACGAUAGAAAGUCGAUCUAAGGAAACUAUUGAUUAUUUGGAAAUCGCCGAUGAUCUGUCCAUCAUCAUCUCAGUAUUGAGCGUGAUGUGCGUCUUCGCCGCGUACAUGGGGAAAUUCGACGAGCUGAAAGAGCUUCGCCAGGAAAUGGGAAAUUUCACGGUUUACGAUAAACCCAAGGACAUCGAGAAACUCGACGCCAAGUUGAACUACAAAGUUAAGUUCGUGCCCAUAAUCCACUUGAGUGGUUGGUUCGUGGCGCUCGGAAUGAAUUGUAUUUUCGGACAACAACUUAUAGACUCGGUUUUGCUAAUUAAACAAUCUGUUUACUAAAAAAUAACUAUUAUAUAAUUUUGUUAUAUUUCCAGAGCACCGAUUUACUAUAUUCUAUUUAUGAAAGUAUGCCUUUCGAUGGGGAUUGUGAGACUCAAAAGGAUUUGAUGCUCAUUACGAUACGAUGCUUACUCCCAAUGACUGUACCCGUGGGAAAGUUCGGAGUAUUCGAUCAUUCCUCGUUUAUUACGGUAACAAAUUUACGUAAAAAUAACAUAUGUUUAUAGUAAUUUCGUUUCAGGUCUUAAAAACUAUUUACUCAUAUUUGACCAUAUUAUCAAGCAUUAAAUAGUUUAACUCUUAUUCUAAUAUAUAU